AGGCUGCCGGGCUCAGCCCGAGCGUCAGUGCGGCCUGGCGAGGCGCGGAGAGUGCAGGGACACUCGCAGUGCUCGCUGUUAACGCACAUCAUGUCCACUAGGAAGAGGAAGGCCUCCAGCUCGGAGGAGCCAGUGUGCGUGCUGUGUGGCCGGGCAGAUGUCGACCCGAACAUCUGUGGGCACACACUUGAUGAGAAGGGGAUUCGUGUCCAUCAGUAUUGCUUGGAGUUUGCCAUCACAUUUACUGAAGCAAGCCUAAUACGGUUGGCAACUGAGGGCCUCCCUCUUGGUGCCAUCAGACGCGCAGCCAAACACGCAACCAAGCAGCAAUGCUUUGUCUGUGGCGAGAGGGGGGCUGCCAUCACAUGCUCAGAGACAGGCUGUGAACGAAGCUUCCAUCUGCCCUGUGCCAUGGAUGGGGAAUGUGUCACCCAGCACUUUAGGCAGCGCAGGUGCUACUGCUGGGAGCACCGCCCUCGGCAGGAAAUUCAGGAAGCUCCAGAAGAAGGCACCAUCUGCCUCAUCUGCUUGGAGCCUGUGGGGGACAGCUUGUCCUACCACACCAUGGCGUGCCCAACGUGCCAACAUGCCUGGUUCCACCGGGGCUGCAUCCAGCAACAGGCCUUGAAUGCUGGCGCUUUCUGCUUCUACUGCCCCGGCUGUCGAGACAAAGAUCAGUUCUUUCAAGAAAUGGCCACCAUGGGGAUACAAAUCCCUCACAGAAGACCAAAUUGGAUAGAUGAGCACACGUACGCAUUCCUUCUGGAGAGGCACAGCCGCUGCGAUGCCAGCGAGUGCCUUUACCAUGGAGGCAGAGAGCAGGCAGAGAGAAGGGGGCCCUGGCAGCUGAUCCUGUGCAGCUCCUGCGCUGCUGAGGGCACCCACCGACGGUGCUCCCACUUGAGUAACACAAGAGCCACGUGGGAGUGCAACAGCUGUGCUGGCCUGGGUACUGGUAAGAGGCAAUCAGCCAUGUGGCACCACGCUGGGGCCAGGCAUGGCCUGGCAGCAACUGCUCGGGGCGGCUUUGCCAGAGUCUGUCUGCCCCAAGAGAUCCCACUGAGGUGCUGCAGCUUCAUCUUCAUGCCCUUCCUGCCUCUCCCUGCAGCCUCCAGUGCCAACACUGAGAUCGCCGGUCCCAGCACUGCCAGCCAGAGGGCUCUGGAGCCAGCCAGCGGCUCCAUGGAACCUCAGAACAUCAGCUCCAUGCCCGCCAGCCAGGCAGCACUGGGCACAUCACAGAGCUCCCAGCUGCCUGAGCACAGCGAAUUACCAAGCGUUCCUGAGACGGAGCAGGGGACAAAUGGCCAACAUUCAUCGGAGGACCGGGCGGAGGGCAUCAGGGUCCUCCAGGGCAUCUCCGGCAGCCGCGCGCAGAAGACGGCGCAGGCAGCGAGGAAGAAGCCGCUCACGAAGCCGCUCCCCGCUGCAACGUCGGGACCCGAGUUCUCAGAGCCAGCCAAGAAGACGCCAAGGCAGCAGGCGAAGGCCAGCCGCAGGGGAGCAGAGCGGCACCCGCAGAUCAACAAGAUCUGCAACAUCGAGAUCCCCGAUGGCUUCCAGAGUGCCCCGACGCAGGGGACCGUCCAGGCAAGGAGGGCGGGCCCUCAGCCAAAGUCCUCCUCCAGGGAGACGUCGGGCAAACAAUUCCUGCAGCUCACCCCAAAGAGGCAGCAGGAGCCGGGCCCAACAGCGGAGGCCAUCCCGGGAAUGAAGCUGCUCCCAGGAACAACAUCAGAGACAAAGUCCCCACAGACAGCCCCCGAGUCUGCCUAG